UUGUUUUGAUUAAGUAAUAAUAACUCCAAAAAAUACAGGCAACUUACAAAAUUAAAGUUCAUUGAAAGUAUGUUUUUUAUAAAUAUUAAAAGUUUGUUUCUUAGCAAAAGCAGAUAACUCCAACAGUCGCUUUUUGGCAAAAGCAGAUAACUCCACAUUUCAUGUUUCAGAGUUAAAAUUAACCAAGUAAUUACUUUGUAAUUGCAUUUAAAACACACAUGUGCACACAAACGCACACACACACUGACAGAUCAGCACACACAUCCAAGCACUGUGCGCACGCACACACACACACCUCAUACACACACUAAUUGAAUAGGACCUCAUACACACACAUCGGAUCGGACCGGACCACACACACACAGAUCAGCACAAAUGUACACUCACACACACACACGCAUCUACGCACAUGUGCGUGCACUGACACAGAGACACACACACUCGCAAAAGGAUAAACAAGGGUUCAGCAUGUAAGACGUGUAUGGUGUACAAGGACUUGCAUAAGUCGAAAUUAUAAAUCCUUGAUCACUUUUAGUCAGCUUUGAUGAAACUUCCCUCAGCUAGUGUGUCAUUUUGUCAUCUGACCUGAAUACUGUGCACUGAUUCGCUAAAACGGACUUAUCGGUUUCUGUACACAAACAACAAGGGCGCUUGUCAUUUCUGCAGUAAAAUGUGAACUCGCGAUUCCUGACAGUGGACAAUACCGGCUUUUCUGACAAAACGGAUUUAUGGUUCGGAAUGUACUAUGUGUGGAGAAUAACACAUUUCAGUCAGUUCAUUUUUUUUAAAAGUGGUGUUUAUCAGUUUUUGCAAAUGAACUCUUCAUAUAUUCUUUGCUUAGAUUUAGUUGUAUGUAUUUGUAGUUUCAUGUAUUAAAAUCCAUUAUAUUCAGAUUCAGAGUCUUUUUCAAGGAUGUUCCUUAAGCACUUUUAUUCAGAGAAUGUUUGCCAAAGGCAAACUGCAGGAACAGUUUGUAUCAAGGGUGAAAUGAGAAAUGAAAGUCUUUCAAGUCUAUUGCCAUGAACCAAAAUUGACAGAGAAGGCAUGUCAAAAAACCCACCACCUAUCUCUGUUAUGAUGGAGGGACCUAUACUCAUUUUGGUUGGAGAAAACUGGCUCUAUCAUGUCCUUUGUAGAAAAACUGUGACCUUUGUGCACAGGAUGGAAGCAUCUUCACCUCACAUCGAGGAAAAAAAAAUGCCGUUGAACCUGGGUGGAUGGAGUCGGAUUGUUCUAAUGAGUCAGCACAAACAGGGUUGGAAGCACUAGUUACACCUGCCUGAGGGGCACCAAGGAACAACAGUUCUUUCGACCUACCCAUUGUGGGUGCUCCAUAGUGGCUGGCAUUGUUUCCGUAUGGAUACUUACCUUGCUCUGGAGGUCCUGAAUGCAUUGCAGUUGUGCAAGGAGGCAAUAGACUCCAAAUUUCAAGCUUCCAAAUUUGACUGUCUCACCCAUCAUGAACACUUUGAAGCCUGUUUGAGGUUCUCAGAGCUGAAUGCGAGUAGGCAGCUUCACUUGGGAAAGACCUUGACAGUGGCCAGGUCCAGAGGGUGUGGGACCUCAGUGGCCUGCUCUUUAGGUCACACCGUGGCCAGGUCACACUGUGAUUUUUUUUUUUUUUUCACGUCCGUCUGUUUCUCUCAAAGUUGUUGCUGGAAAAAGUCUUCUACGGUGUCUCCAAAUAGGCCCCUUUUUGAAGAUGAGGUAUUGAGAAAGCGUGCUUUCUCAAUAUCAUCCAUCCCUGCAAAGUUAAGCCAUGGGUAGCACUCCUGGACCACCAGGGUGGACAUUGUCCGACCAAUGUCUGCGCCAUAACCUUCAAUGCACCUAGGGUUAAAUUGGUCACCAAGCACAGUUUCUGCAUCAGCGCUAGGUCAGGACUAUCAAUCAUGGAUGACAUGAACAUACAUGCUUUAGACAAGAAUAUCGGAGAGUUCCUUGGUACGGUACUUCCCACAACUCUGACAGUUCCUUGUGCACUUCUAGAAACAAAGAACCUGGGGGGAACACGGCUGUGUGUGAUACUCUAAGCCCAAAAAUCAGUAACCUAAUCACAAGAGCUCAGGAGGAAUCCACUCAAGCCCAAUGCUUGCGGUAGCCCAGGCAAGCACAGUAGCAAUCUCAGCAUCAGACUCGGUCUGUACAACCACCUGUUGGUGGGGCCCAUGUCAGAGGCAAAAACUCACCCUCUGAUGCUGCAAUUGACAACUUAUCCUCAUCCAAGAGCACCGAAUGAGAAACUCUGUUUCUGAUGGAAACUUAUCUUUGCGCAUGGGAGAGAGAACCGUUGAAAUGUGCCGUAGGAAUCCAAUUAAGCUUCUAAGCAGAGGUUAAUGCAAAGAGAAUCACAGACACAUGUUCUUCUCUCCAAAGAACAAAUCUGAAUGAGUCAAUGCACACUUUUAUAUCUGUAUAUCCAGGGGAUAUAGUGUCACUACAUCAACACAACGUCGAAAUGAGUGACAGAUAGGGCACUUUUUUGACACAGGAGAACAAACCUCAUUGGUUAUUGCAUGUCAAGCAAGCACAUUUGAGCUUCCAUUUACCUUAUUUACUGUGCUCUAUUUAUGUGCAUUGAUCAAGAUUUAUAUGUGAAUAAAUGUAUGAAUUAAAUCAUUUUAUUGUGGCAAGCAGGGUGGAGCCAAGAGCCAUGGAAAUGGCGUGAAGCUGGUGAUAUUUUGGAGCUUUAUGUUGAGCAUUCAUCAUAUGAAAUAAGCACGUCUCUUCAGAAGACUUGGAUUAAAUUGUUACAAAAGUUAAAUUGUCUUUUGGGUACUUUAAACUGAGCAACAUAAAUCUCAGUUUUCAUUAAAAUAUCCUCAUUUGCUUUUUGAAAAUUAAAUGACAUUAGGUUUUCCAUGCACAGAGCACACACCUAAUUAAUCUAUGUUGAAAUUCAGUGAUGAAUAUUUUCACAUCAGCUUGCUUGGAGCUCAAACUUGUCUCCCUGAACACAUGUAGUGACUUGAGUCUGCAGCAGGUUGAACCUCUUUAACUGUCUGAGAUUUCUCCCUGGGGUCUGUCCCUUUGUUGGUGGCUGGACGACCACUCCUAGCAGCCAGCGCGGUACCCAUCAGCUGACCUAGUUCUCCAUGAGCUGUUUUAAGUCGAUCAGCAGUGACUCAUUCUGGAAGACCCCCAACGUUGACCAGGAAAGACUCCAGCCUCCAGAACUCAAAACGGGCUAUUGUACGGGGGCCGCAAAGAAUGUCGGUGAGCGUCAUGACGGAUGAAAACAAACUCAGCCACAAGAGAGGGUAUUGGGCAUCCAAGUUACCGUCAGUCCAUGCUGAGAGGUAGGAAUGGGUUUAAAAGUAUUGAUUCUGUCCAGGAGGGCAGAGUGUUCAGAAGAUAGACUCCAGGGCAUUGUGCUGUCUGGAAUGAAAUCUCCCGGGACCCGCAGAGUCUGACCGUACACCAACUCUGCCGAGGAAGUUUGUAGAUCCUCCUUGGGAGCCGUUCGUAGGCCCAGGAGGACCCAGGGUAGCCGUUCAAUCCAUCUGUUAUCUGCCAGACUGGCUCUCAGUGCAGUUUUGAGAGAGCAAUGAAAGCGUUCACACAGCCCAUUGGCCUGUGGGUGAAAGGCCGUAGUAUGGUGAAGCUGCACACCUAGGAUUCAAGCCACCUCCGUCCACAACUCAGAUGUGAAUUGUUUUGGACAGUUUUUGACAUAAUAUCGAUUAGUUGCCCAACAUCAGAAAUACACAGUCAUAAAUUGACACAGAUCCUUUUGAAUUAACUUUGACUUUAAUUCCCAAAACAUAUACAUCUCCAGAAACUUGAGAAUAAUACCCACAAUUCCUUUAAGAGAAAGAUUGAUUUUCACACCCACAAGGUGUAGUUACACAUCUACCUGCAAGAGUGAUUUGAACUAUGCUAACAAUCCAAACUUUGAACCCUUGGGGGAAAAAAACAAAAAAACACACAUUACCCCCACAGGUAACUAGAGUAAGGGCCAUUUCAACAUAACAAAAUAAUAACAGUUUCUGUGGCUGUGUUCAUGGCAACCAGUUGGCCAUGUCAUUCCCCUCUUGGGUGAUGACAGCAUCACAUACAUCUUUGAACCACAUAUUUAAAGGCAAAGGCUCGUAGAGAUUCUUCAAGAAAAGUAAGUCAAUAUUUCUGUAACCCUAAAUACUGGCAUAAUUGAUAAACUAUGUAGUGAUUGUGUUACUAUGAUUGAUUCUGUUUUUAAAGGGAUGACAUUUAAUAUAGACCAUGAAAACUGAUAAAGUAAUGUGUGUGAUUUACAAACAAUAUACAGACUUUCAUAUGGAAAUCAAGCUCAGAAAAUGCCAUCAAAUGUGAUGUUAUAAUUAGAUUUUUACUGUUUACAACAAUACAUAUACAUAUUUUUUGUAUAAUCCUCAUAGUACAAUGUAGCAAUUUAUAUUAUUAAUGAUGAUGACAGGUCUGUUUGUUACUGUUUGCAGGUUUUGUAUAGAGCAACCAAUGGACAACCUGACUUUCACAAACAGCAUUCUCCUCGUGGAGGGACUGAAAGUUACACCUCAGUCUUCCUAUCCUAUUUUCAUCCUGCUUCUCUUGAUUUAUGUAUUUGCAAUGGGAUGUAACAUUGGACUUAUAAUCCUGAUUUCAACUGAAAAGAAUCUACAUCAUCCUAUGCAUUUUCUGUUCUGUAACCUGCCAGUGAAUGAUAUACUAGGGACUACUGUCAUGUUGCCACGCUUGCUGCAGGAUAUUUUAAGGGAAACCUCAGAGCGCUACAUGACAUAUGUGGAGUGUGUUGUUCAAGCAUAUUUUGUACACAUAUUUGCAGCAGCAAGCCACUAUGUGCUGAUGAUCAUGGCCUUUGACAGAUAUGUGGCUAUAUGCAAUCCAUUGCGAUACUCAGCAAUAAUGACCAACAAAAUGGUAGUUAAACUAUCAGUAUCCGCCUGGGGGCUGUCAGUAUUCAUUGUGUCUAUUAUGUUAGGUCUCACAAUACGCCUCUCUCGCUGCAGAUCUAAAAUUGAAAACCCUUUCUGUGACAAUGCCUCACUGUUUAAACUGUCCUGUGAAAAUGUAGUCAUUAAUAAUGUGUUUGGAAUAAUUUAUACUGUGAUUGUCUUUACCUUCUCACUUGGGUCUGUGUUUAUAACUUAUACCAAGAUUGCUACUGUAUGCAUAACCAGCAAAAACAAAGCACUCAACAGCAAAGCCAUAAAAACAUGUAGCACUCAUAUAGCUGUUUAUAUAAUCAUGUUUGUUUCUUGUGCCACUAUGGUUUUUCUCCAUCGUUUUCCAGAAUACUCUGAAAACAGGAAACUAGCUAGUAUAAUGUUUCAUAUAGUACCACCAGGACUGAAUCCUUUAGUAUAUGGCUUACAAACCAAAGAAAUAAGACAAAAGUUUGUAAAACUUUUGUACAGAAAUAAAGUUAAUCUAAAGUAAUUUAAUUAUAAAGAAAAAAAUCCAUUAUAAAAUGUAAUUUUCUCUGCAUGAAAAUAAGAAUAUCAAUAAUAUUGUAUAAGUGCAACUGUGAAAACGAUUUUGCCCAUACUAUUUCUUCCACAAAAUAAUUAGGAUCAAGAAUUAUGAACACGUUUUUAUCUUUUAUAAUGAUUUUUAUAACUUUUAAUCAGCCUGGUCUAAAGAUGAUCUGACCCAAAUAGAGGAUAUGACGAGUGUUGCAGAAAGAAACAUUAUGUGAAUGAUUUUUUGUUUUUGAUGAAACACAAAUUGAUGAUAAAUUAUUGCUUCAAAUCUGUAAAAUCAGCUUGAGUAGUUUGAACUAAUUAUUGUUUAUGAUUAUGCAUGAUGUGAAUUUUAGUGCCAACUCUACAAAAACUGUAAAGAGUAUGCAGUUUUGUUUUUAUAUUUGAUGACUUUAUUCAGUUUAUUAUCGCUUACUUGAAUAAGCUAGACAUACCUGAAAAAUAAAGCACUAUUUAGUUUG